GCAAAACCCCGAUUUCCCACUGGUGUCUCACCACCGCCGCGUUUUUUCCGCCUUUCUAUUUGCCUACCGGGGGACCAUGAGCGAAAAACUGUGGACCGAGGAGCAGUUCAACUGCCCCGUGUGUCUGGAUCUCCCAAACGAUCCAGUCACCAUCCCGUGCGGGCACAGCUACUGCAUGGCCUGCAUCAAAGACUACUGGAGCAAAGACGAUCCCAACGGCGUCUACAGUUGCCCCCAGUGCCGUCAGACUUUCUGCCCUCGGCCCUCGCUUUCCAGAAACACCAUGCUGGCCGAAGCGGUGGACCAGCUCCGCAAAGGAAUCCCCAGAUCGGUGGUCUCUCGGAGCAUCAAAUUGAAAUCCCAAAAGAGACUCCCCUCUUCGGCCGUGCUGUGCGAUUUGUGCCAAGGAGAGCAGAAGGCGGCGGUCAAGACCUGCCUGGUGUGUAUGAGUUCCUACUGCGAGAACCACCUGAAACCUCACCAGACCACCAAGGCCUUAAAAGAACACGAGUUGAUCGUGCCGACGGCCAACUUGGCCGACAAGAUCUGCACCCAACACAAGUACCUGCAGGAGUUCUUCUGUCGCCAGUGUAAGGUCUUCAUCUGUUGGCUGUGCACGAGCAACCAGCACAAAGGUCACGAGAGCGUCUCCACUAAGGCCGAACGCACGGACAAAGAGAAAGGGCUUUCCGAAAUGCAGGCGGAAAAUCAGAGGCGACUCAAAGAUAGACAGCAGGAGUUGAAGGACAUGAAGAAAAUGAUGGACGGGAUGAAGCGCUCAGCCGAUCGCGUUCACAGCGACUCCGAGAAGGUGCUGUUGGAUCUCCAGCACUCGGUGGAGAGACUCCAGGAACUGUUGGAGGAGAUGCUGGAUGAGGUCGGCCGGGAGAAGAUGGAGCAGGCCCGGGAGGUGACUGAGAACCUGGAGGCAGAGAUCAAGGAGCUACAGAGGAGGGAGACUCAGAUGAAGGACCUGGCUCAAAGCGAGGACCACAUCUACUACCUGCAGAUGUAUGAAACCAUCUGCGGUCCGCUUGAGUCAGGAGACCUUCCGGCUGUGCACGUCAACCAUGAUGCUUCUUUUGAACCUGUGCGGGAUGCCAUCCUCGACCUACGGGAGCGAGUGGAGGACUUGUGCAACCUGGAACUGGACAAGAUCACCAAAAAAGUCAAUGAGACAACGUUAUUCACGCUGGGUGCUGCCAAUCGCAAUCAGAGAGGUGGCCUCUUCAAAUUAUUUUCUGCUCUGGGAUCGCGCAACUCAAACCCAAACAACCGAUCGUCAGGCUCAACAUCAAGUCUCUCAGUUACAUCGCGAGGUACCGACAGACGAGGACUGGGCUUUCGAGGUCAAGAUGUGCGCAGCAGAGACUCGUCACGAGAGGUCGCACAGAGGUCACCCAGGCCUUGGGACAGGCGGCGGCGAGAUGAAAGAGAGUCAAGUACAGCACGGGAGACCAACCCCAGACCAAGCCCGACCCCCAGCCCAACCCCAAGCAGGAGAGAAUCCCCGUCUCUGUGGAGCAGGUCCAGUCAGAGUCCGCAGAGUGUCCCUUCGACUCCCACUCUUGCUCCUGUGCCAGCAUCCACUGGAGCUUCUCGUCGCAUGUCGUCGAUCAGCAGCAUUUUCCGGUCCCGUCGUGGCAACACACCUGCAGCGCCCGCGCCGCUUGCAGGGGGACUGUCGACGGUGUCGGAAUCACCAGUGGAAGUUAACCCCGGUCUGUUCUUGGACUCACCCACCCCCGUUGUCAACCAUCACCAGCCUGCUUUCCCUGCACUAAGAGAAAUCAGCCUUGACAGCAUCCAGGCUCCGGAACCGAGGGCAAGAGAGGACUUACUGCAAUAUUCUGUCAACUUCACCCUUGAUCCAAACAGCGCCCACCGUCGCCUGCUUCUCUCCGAGGGCAACACCAAAGCGACCCUGCAAGGAGAAAUGGUGCCCUAUGCGGACACCCCUCAACGUUUCGACGCCUGGACCCAAGUGAUGUGCGGAACCCCGCUGCAUUCCCAACGUUCCUACUGGGAGGUGGAUUGGCGAGGCAAAGGUUCGUCGGUGGGCGUGGCCUACGGCUCGCUGAGCAGGAAGGGCUCCGACGCCAGGGCGGGACUCGGCUACAACGCCCAGUCGUGGACGCUGGAGCUCUCCGACUCUUGUUGCUCCGCGCUGCACGACAACCAGAAGCGGGACAUCCCCGUCACUUACUCCCCCCGUUUGGGCAUCUUUGUGGAUUUGACCGCGGGAACGUUAUCGUUCUACGGCGUGGCCGAGAGCUUGACGCCCCUCCACACGUUCCGGGCAAACUUUACCCAGCCCCUCUAUGCUGUCUUUGGGGUGGGGAGUGGGCUCGGAGUGGGUUUGGAUUUCGCACGUGGACAGUUCAGUUCCACCUCUGACAGCAUCAAGCUGUGUCCCAUGUGAGAUUUUUUUUAAAUUUGCUCUUCAUUAUUGGAUCUUUAAUUAAACACACUUUCAACUAUU